AUGUCGAAACUACCCCAACUCGCGCCUACACCCGACGACAAGCGGGUCGCGCUCCCGCCCAACUUUGACCUAACCAAGCAAUCCGUGCCCGUGCCUGGCACCAAGAAGCCGGGGCAGACAGCGCACUAUCGCAAUGGCGGCUACGGAAUGUUCACCCUGGACACGCCGAACCACCUCCGGACGAUGACCGAAGCCUUCGAGGUCGGCCUCAAAGCGUCCCGAGACGAGCCCAUGCUCGGGCACCGCCCGCUGCUCAGCACGUCGCCCUUGACCUUCGCGAAGCACUACGUUUGGGAGACGUACGCCCAGGUGGACGCGCGCCGACGGGCUGUGGGCAGCGCCGUUUACAAGCUGUUCCGCGACGGCACGCUCGGUGGUGGUGAACUGGAGACCAUCAUCGACCUCGCGAUGAACGCGUACCAAAAGGUCUCGGUCAGUUUGUACGAUACCCUUGGCAAGGACUCCGUCGAAUACAUCAUCAACCAUGCGUACUUGACAGUAGUCUUUGUCGGCCCGCAACAUAUCCCUACCGUGCUCAAGUUGGCGCCGCGGAUACCGUGCUUGAAGAUGGUAGUAUCGUUAGACGACCUCUCCGCCGAAGCCAAGCCUCUCUUGACUUCGUGGGCGGACUCGGUUAACAUCAAACUGACGACGCUACGAGAACUGGAGGCUUUGGGCAAGGAGAACUUGAUCGAACCCAUCCCUGCGACGCCCGAUCAGCUCGCGACGAUAUGUUACACCUCCGGCACUACUAGCAAUCCCAAAGGUGUACUGCUGACACACGGUAACUUGGCUGCCGCCACCCAAGCCAACCUGUACGCGUUGGAUAUCCCCGACAAGGGCCGCAUGAUCUCCUACCUUCCGUUAGCGCACAUUUACGAGCGCGCCAUGGAAUCCGGCGUCAUCUGCGCCGGCGGAUCGAUCGGUUACUUCACCGGCGACCCGCUCCGCCUGCUCGAAGACGCGCAGAUCCUCAAGCCUCAGUUCAUGCCCUCCGUCCCGCGCGUGCUGAACAGGAUCUACCAGUCGGCGAUGGUCGCGGGUAACACCCCCGGCGUGAAGGGCACGCUCUUCCGCAAAGCGGUCGCGGCGAAACUCGAGCGCUUCCGGACGACCGGCAUCCGGGAGCACGCGCUGUGGGAUCGGCUCGUGUUCAAGAAGAUCCAAGCGGUGCUCGGAGGCGAGAUCAAGAUGCUGUGUACUGGGUCGGCGCCGAUCAGCAGAGAGGUCAUCGAGCACCUGAAGAUCUUCUUUGCCCCCGCCGCCGUCAUCGAGGGAUACGGCAUGACGGAGAACUGCGGAACGUGCACACGGACGUGGCCAGACGACACGACCUGCUCAGGCACUAUCGGCUCGCCGCAGCCGUGCUGCGAGAUCAAGCUGCUUGACGUUCCCGCGAUGAACUACACUUCCGAGGACAAGCCUAACCCUCGAGGCGAGAUCUGCGUGCGCGGCGACAACUGCUUCAAGGCGUACUACAAAGACGAGAAGAACACGAAGGAGACCGUCGACGAUGAGGGUUGGAUCCACACCGGCGACGUCGGAGAGAUCGACGAAUUCGGUCGCUUUAAGGUCAUCGACCGAGUCAAGAACAUCAUGAAGCUCGCGCAGGGCGAGUACGUCGCGCUCGAGAAAGUCGAGGGCCUGUACAGCGCCUCGCCGAUCGUCGCGCAACUCUACGUGCACGGCGACUCGCUACAGUCGUAUCUCGUCGCUGUCGUCGUGCCCGACCCCGUACAGCUGGCCGUGCUCGCCUCCAAGGCGUGGAGCAAGCCCGUCGCUGCGGAAGACGGAGCCGCUCUCGUGGAGGCGACGCGUGACCCCAAGGUUGUCGACGCGAUCCACAAGGUUUUGAGCGCCGAGGCGAAGCGGAACGCGCUCAAAGGAUUCGAGCAGAUCAAGCGCAUACAUGUCUCCCUGGACCCCUUCACAGUGGAGAACGGGACCUUGACCCCGACGCUCAAGAUUCGCCGCAAAGACGCAUACGCCAAGUACAAGGCCGAACUUGACGGGCUGUACGCCCUCGGCGAACCCGCCAGCCGCGGCUCCAAGCUCUAA